GCUGAUUGUGCCACCAGUGUUGCCGUACUGCGGCGCUGUCUCCGCCAGCCCUCACCUCUCCUCUCUGUUCUCUGGUGUUGAUGCUGGGGUAAACAUGUCGGUACAUGGAGGUGUAACCAGAGGGUUCUACUUCAACACAGUACUGUCACUAGCUCGUUCUUUGGCGGCAAACAAACCUACGCCACUCGAAAAGGUCCAGAAGCUACAAUGCAUGUGCCCCGUGGAGUCGAGAGGCGUGUUCACGCUGGAUGCUCGUCGGAGAGACGCUGUCAUCGCGAUCGCUGUGUUCCUGGUGGAGUCUGACCUGCAGCACAAAGACUUGGUUGUUCCCUACUUGCUGGGUCUGUUGAGGGGGAUUCCCCGGGUCCAGUGGCUGGAGGAAAACUCCAGAAGGAGAGGGAACGGGUGGCUCCCAGUUGCAGAGACCUUCAGCUUCUGCCUGGUGACACUGCUGUGUGAUGUGGCCCAGAGAGACCCUGGCAGCAGACUCCAGAUCCUGGAGGCUGUGAUGGAUGUAAUGCAGGGACUUCAGGACAUAUGCCAGACGCCUGACAAUUACGAAAAAGUCUACCUGUGCAGGUACGUCGUCCCCUGCCUCCUGGGCGUGAUGAGGGCCUUCGGUCGCUACAGCAACACGGAGGAGUCAUUGCUGUCCAAGCUGUUUCCCAAGGACCGCCCCCAGGCGCCCCUGGUUACCGAGGAGACGGAGGCAGUGCGAAGGAGGUCCUUCAAUGACUUCCGCUCCAUCCUGCCCUCCUCCCUGCUGACAGCAUGCCAGAGCGACACGCUCCGCAAGCGCAACGGCUCCGCCCCCGACCCGGGGGGCCCCUCCCCUGUCUCCCCUACCACUCCUGGACCACACUACUUUGAAGGGUGCUACCGACCAGACAACAGCAGCGUGGAUCCUGACUACUACUUCUGCACGGUCAGCUCCAGCUUCUCUGCGUCUCCGGCCUUCGUGGGGGCAGGAGCGAGGGAGGUUGAAGUACCUGUAGACCUGCUGCGACGCCUGCUAGGCAUGGUGAAGAGCUUAGUGUCAGACUCGUUCCUGAAGACCCUGGACACCAUGGUGACCGAGUUCACAGAGACCAACCCUGGGACCAGCCUGUUCUACAAAGCCUUCAGUGACCCCCUGUACGUCUGCAUAUUCAAGAUGCUCAGAGACACCCUCUACAACAUGACGGCCCUGCAGCCUGACUUUGUGAGGGAGGUGCAUGACUUUGUCCUGGAGCAGUUCAGCAGCAGCCAGUCGGAGCUGCAGCGGGUCCUGCACACCUCCGACGCCACGUUCGGAGAGCCCAGCCCGCUCAAGUUGCGCUGCCAGGCCAACGCCGCCUGCGUGGACCUCAUGGUCUGGGCCGUCAAGGACGAGCAAGGUGCUGAGAACCUGUGCACCAAGCUGUCUGAGAAGCUGCAGUCCAAAACCUCCAGCAAGGUCAUCAUCGCCCACAUGCCCCUGCUCAUCUGCUGCUUGCAGGGUCUGGGCCGCCUGUGUGAGAGGUUCCCUGUGGUUGCACACUCCACCACCACCUCCCUGAGAGACUUCCUGGUGGUGCCCUCCCCCGUCCUUGUCAAGCUCUACAAGUACCACAGCCAGUACUGCACAGGGACUGGUGAGAUCAGGAUCAAUGUGAUUAAUGAACACUCCCAGUCCAGCUUCAACCUGCUGUCCAACAGGAAGGACCAGCCAUCUAUGUACGAGCAGCUCCGGGACAUCUCUAUUGACAACAUCUGCAGGUCUCUGAAGGCAGGCCUCACCAUGGACCCAGUCAUAGUUGAGGCGUUCCUCGCAAGCCUGUCCAACCGCCUCUACAUCUCCCAGGAGAACGACAAGGACGCCCACCUGAUCCCGGACCACACCAUCCGGGCACUGGGCCACAUGGCAGUGGCUCUGAGAGACACGCCCCGGGUGAUGGAGCCCAUCCUCCAGAUCCUGCAGCAGAAGUUCUGUCAGCCGCCAUCGCAGCUCGACGUGCUGAUCGUUGACCAGCUGGGCUGCAUGGUCAUCACUGGGAAUCUGUACAUCUACCAGGAGGUAUGGAACCUGUUCCAGCAGAUCAGUGUGAAGGCCAGCUCUGUGGUCUACUCUGCCACCAAAGACUACAGAGACCAUGGAUACAGACACUGUUCGCUGGCUGUGAUCAACGCUCUGGCCAACAUCGCGGCCAACCUGCAGGGGGAGCCGCUGGUGGAUGAGCUGAUGGUGAAUCUGCUGGAGCUGUUUGUCCAGCUGGGGCUGGAGGGCAAGAGGGCCAGCGAAAGGGCCCCAGACAAAGGCCCCGCGCUGAAGGCCUCUAGCAGUGCCGGCAACCUGGGGGUGCUCAUCCCGGUCAUCGCUGUGCUGACCAGAAGACUGCCUCCCAUCAAAGAGGCUAAGCCCCGCCUCCAGAAGUUAUUCAGGGAUUUCUGGUUGUAUUCAGUGGUGAUGGGCUUCGCUGUGGAGGGCUCAGGACUGUGGCCAGAGGAGUGGUAUGAGGGUGUGUGUGAGAUUGCCACAAAGUCUCCUCUCCUAACCUUUCCCAGCGGGGAGCCCCUCCGCUCAGAGCUGCAGUACAACUCAGCCCUGAAGAACGACACUGUCACUCCGGCGGAGCUCAGCGACCUGCGCUCCACCAUCAUCAAUCUGCUAGACCCCUCCCCCGAAGCCUCCGCCCUCAUCAACAAGCUGGACUUCGCCAUGUCCACAUACCUGCUGUCCGUAUACAGACUGGAGUACAUGAGGAUGCUGCGCUCCAAUGAUCCUGAUGGGUUCCAGGUCAUGUUCCGCUACUUUGAAGACAAAGCCAUCCAGAAGGACAAGUCUGGUAUGAUGCUGUGUGUGAUCUGCGUGGGAGACAAGGUGUUUGAAGUCUUCCUCCAGAUGAUGUCAGAGAAGCCGAAGACCAAAGUGCACGAGGAGGAACUGGAACGUCAUGCCCAGUUUCUAUUGGUCAACUUCAACCACACCCACAAAAGGAUCCGCAGAGUUGCAGACAAAUACCUGUCUGGAUUGGCUGAGACCUUCCCUCACCUGCUCUGGAGUGGGCGUGUGCUGAAGACCAUGCUAGACAUCCUUCAGACCCUGUCUCUGUCUCUCAGCGCUGACAUCCAUAAGGACCCGCCGUACUACGACAUCCCUGACACGCCCCACCGCAUCACCGUCCCUGACACCUAUGAGGCCCGCGAGAGCAUAGUGAAGGACUUUGCAGCUCGUUGUGGGGAGAUCUUGAAGGAGGCCAUGAAGUGGGCCUCCUCUGUAACCAAGUCCCACCUGCAGGAGUAUCUCAACAAGCACCAGAACUGGGUGUCUGGUCUGUCCCAGCACACUGGUCUGGCUAUGGCCACAGAGAGCAUCCUGCACUUCGCUGGCUACAACAGGCAGAGUGUUACACUGGGGGCCACCCAGCUCAUGGAGAGACCAGCUUGUGUGAAGAAGGACUACUCCAACUUCAUGGCCUCUCUCAACCUGAGAAAUCGCUACACAGGAGAGGUUGCAGGUAUGAUCCAGUUCUCAGAGGCAACCCACUGCCAGUCAGACCUGAACAAGCUGCUGGUGCGCCAGAUGAGCGAGGCGCUGGAGGCCAGCAACCCAGAAGCCUUCACUCAGACCAUGUUCAAGAUGGCCGCCCUGCUCAUCAGCACCAAAGAGUGUGAUCCCCAGCUACUGCACCACCUGUGCUGGUCUCCUCUAAAGAUGUUUACCGAGCAUGGCAUGGAGACGGCCAUCGCUUGCUGGGAGUGGUUCCUGGCUGCACGCAGCGGAGUGGAGGUCCCUUUCAUGCGAGAAAUGGCGGGGGCUUGGCAGAUGACAGUGGAGCUGAAGAUGGGGCUGUUCUCCGAGGCCCAGUUGGAGGCUGACCCCCUGGCGGCCUCUGAAGAGAGCCAGCCUCUCCCCUGCCCCCCCAACGUCACACCCCACUUCCUGUGGAUAGAGUUUCUGGUCCAGAGAUUUGAGAUCGCCAAGUACUGCAGUGCUGACCAGGUGGAGAUCUUCAUUGCGGUCCUGCAAAGGGCGCUGUCGCUCAGUGUGGGUGGAGCCAAGAGCUCCAUGAACCGACACGUUGCUGCCAUAGGACCCAGAUACAGGCUGCUAACACUAGGUCUGACUUUGCUCCAUGCUGAUGUGGUCACCAACGCCACCAUCAGGAACGUGCUGCGAGAGAAGAUCUACUCGACGGCCUUUGACUACUUCAGCAUGGCUCCCAAGUUCCCCACCCAGACAGAGAAGAGGCUGAGAGAGGACAUCAGCAUCAUGAUUAAGUUCUACUCCAGUCUACUGUCCGAUAAGAAGUACCUGACCGCAAACCAGCUUGUUCCUCCAGAUCCCCAGGACAUGUCUGUGAACAGCCUGUCUGUUGUCACGGUAACAGACAGCAGGAACAGCCUGGAUGCAGCCGUGGGCCAGAGGCAGCAGGCCGCCCAGGGAUGGAUCAACACCUAUCCCCUCUCCUCCGGCAUAUCCACCAUCUCCAAGAAGUCAGGUCUGUCUAAGAAGAGCACCAGAGGCUCUCAGCUACACAAGUACUACAUGAAGCGAAGGACCCUACUACUGGCCUUGCUGGCCAGUGAGAUUGAGCGCUUGACUACGUGGUACAACCCGCUGUCUGUUCAGGAGCUGAUCAUCUCCACUGACCCGUCAGUGGAGACCAGCAUCGCCAACUGGAGGUCCAAGUACAUCAGCCUGACAGAGAAGCAGUGGAGGGACAACGUCAACCUGGCCUGGAGCAUCGCUCCAUACCUGGCUCUGCAGCUUCCUGCACGGUUUAAGAACACAGAGGCCAUAGUAUCGGAGGUGACUCGGCUAGUCCGCAUGGACCCUGGAGCAGUCUGUGAUGUACCUGAGGCUGUCAAGUUCCUGGUGACAUGGCACACCAUUGACGCAGACUCUCCGGAGCUGAGCCACAUCCUGUGCUGGGCCCCAGCUGACCCCCCCACCGGCCUGUCCUACUUCUCCUCCAUGUACCCCCCCCACCCCCUCACCGCUCAAUACGGGGUCAGGGUGCUUCGCUCCUUCCCCCCGGAUGCCAUCUUGUUCUACAUUCCUCAGAUUGUCCAAGCUCUGCGAUACGACAAGAUGGGGUAUGUGAGAGAGUACAUCCUGUGGGCGGCCCAGAAGUCCCAGCUGCUGGCUCACCAGUUCAUCUGGAACAUGAAGACCAACAUUUACCUGGACGAGGAAGGCCAUCAAAAAGACCCUGACAUCGGCGAGCAGCUGGAGAAGAUGGUGGAGGAGAUCACAGGCUCCCUGUCGGGUCCAGCCAAGGACUUUUACCAGAGAGAGUUUGACUUCUUCAACAAGAUCACCAACGUCUCCGCCAUCCUCAAGCCCAUCCCCAAGGGAGAAGAGAGGAAGAGGGCGUGUCUGACAGCCCUGUCAGACAUCCAGGUCCAGCCAGGCUGCUAUCUCCCCAGCAACCCUGAGGCCAUCGUCCUCGACAUUGACUACAAGUCUGGCACACCCAUGCAGAGCGCUGCCAAGGCUCCCUAUCUGGCCAAGUUCAAAGUGAAGAGAUGUGGCGUGAGCGAGCUGGAGAAAGAAGGUCUUCUGUGCCGGUCUGACUCUCUGGAUGAAGCUCAGACUGAAGAGGAGGCCCAGAGAAUCUGCUGGCAGGCGGCCAUUUUUAAAGUUGGGGAUGACUGCAGACAGGACAUGCUGGCUCUCCAGAUCAUCGGUCUGUUUAAGAACAUCUUCCAGCUAGUGGGUCUGGACCUGUUUGUGUUCCCCUACCGAGUGGUGGCCACUGCUCCUGGGUGUGGGGUGAUAGAAUGCAUCCCAGACUGUAAGUCCAGAGACCAGCUGGGGCGUCAGACAGACUUUGGGAUGUACGACUACUUCAGGAACCAGUAUGGAGACGAGUCCACCCUGGCCUUCCAGAAGGCGAGGUAUAACUUCAUCCGCAGUAUGGCUGCCUAUAGUCUUCUGCUUUUCCUGCUGCAGAUUAAGGACAGACACAAUGGCAACAUCAUGCUGGACAGCCAGGGACACAUCAUCCACAUUGACUUUGGCUUCAUGUUUGAGAGCUCUCCAGGUGGUAACCUGGGCUGGGAACCAGACAUCAAGCUGACCGACGAGAUGGUGAUGAUUAUGGGGGGCAAGAUGGAGGCCACACCUUUCAGAUGGUUCAUGGAGAUGUGUGUCAGAGGCUACCUAGCUGUCAGGCCUUACAUGGAUGCUGUGGUUUCCUUGGUAACCCUGAUGCUGGAUACUGGGCUUCCCUGCUUCAGAGGACAGACCAUCAAACUACUCAAGCAGCGUUUUAACCCCAGCGUGAGUGAGAAGGAUGCCGCCGCCUACAUCAUCAAAAUCAUCCAAAAUUGUUUCCUCAGUAACAGGAGUAAAACCUACGACAUGCUCCAAUUCUACCAGAAUCAAAUCCCUUACUGAUGUGCCUCAGUGUAUGUGCCUGUUGGUAGGUUGUUAAAGGUUGUUGAUGAAAUAUUCCAUAUAUUUUUUUGUUUUUUUUAUCCUCUCUCUUUAUCUUUUUGUUCGCCAAAGUUACUCGCUGUCAUCUAGACUUCUGUGCAUUCAAAGACCGAACUGUUUACUCCUCCAAUCUGCACAGUCAGUGAAUGAUGGCUUUAAUCAUUGAAAUAAGAGUUUGUGUUAUAAAAAAAAAAGAAGAUUUAUAAAUGUGUGUUAAUAUGGUGUGCAUUCAAAUACAAUUAUUUUUAAUGUAUUUCUCUCUGGAUUGACAGUACUGUAUGUGUAAUGUUUUAAAGUUAACUAAUUGGAUACUUGAAGCAGUUGUCUGGUUUUAGUUGAAAACAACAUGACCUGUUCUGUUCUGUUACUGUGUUGAGAACUGUGUUCCUCUACCUAUUGGACCAAUCAGAGUGGGGAUGUGCUUCUGUCAUGACCCUCCAGUCGAUCCUGACAGACAUGGACUGCUCUGGAUAGGACACUAUCUGCUUGGCAAAACAAAUUUGACUUUCAACUACAAGUAAUUGUUGAAGGCAAUAAAACACUAAAUUAAAAUGGUUUGGAUUUUAUGGAGAGCUAAUAAUUGAAAACAUUUCACGUUACCUGAAAACUUUAAUGUCACGUCAAGUGUCUUCACUGCUGCCAAAGCACCUUCUGUGGACAAAGUUACUGAAAUAUUUAUCUUUCAGUUAGUGAGGUCCAUGUCUGUUAUGGGUAGUCAAAGCCAUUAUUUAAUGUUUUGGUUGUAAAGAUUCUGCCUAUCUUUGUAUAUUUAUAUCCGCAACCCUUUUCUGUCACCUUUUCUAUAUUCAGGUCUUUUGGAUGGGAAUGUCUAGAUAUGAAAUCAAAUAAAGAAAUAUUGUCCUAA